AUGUCGCAGCUCUCGUUGCCAAGGACCCCAAGUUCCUCUGCGCCGGCGUCGAGAGAACCCUGGCCCCCGUCAUCGUCGGGCUCACCGGCCUCGGCUUAUCGCGUUCCGAUAUCGCGUUCCGAUAUCGCACGCCUCGCCUCGCUCUCCCGUUACAGCUUCCGCUAUAGAUCCAUCGUCUCCAAGCUGCAGUACUACAUGCCUCUUUUUGGGUCCUUUGAGAAUCUCCUCCGAGCCCUCAAGAGGAACUUCUACCUUCACUCGGCUGACCUCGAUGAUGUGGUCAAGCCCAACGUCGCGUUGCUGCGGGAGUGCGGGCUAGGUGCCUGUGAUAUUGCCAAGCUAUGCAUCAGUCAACCAUGGCUUCUCGCCGCCAACCCCGAGCGUGUCCAGGCGAUGGUGGAAUGCGCUGAAAACAUAGGUGUGCCCCGUGCCUCUGGGAUGUUCAGGCACGCGCUGCACGCUGUUGCAUUUCUCAGCGAGGACAAGAUCGCAGCCAGGGUGAACUACUUGAAGAACACCUUCAGGUGGACGGAUGCUGAGGUAGGCAUGGCUGUUUCUAAGGCUCCAUCGGUGCUGGCGAGGUCCAAGGAGUCGCUGCAGCGCAGGUCUGAGUUCCUCAUCUCCGAGGUGGGCUUGGAACCGCUGUACAUUGCUCAACGGUCGGAAAUAAUCGGUCACAGCCUAGAGGGCCGGCUCAGGCCCAGGUACUAUGCUGUGAAGUUUCUCAAGGAAAAUGGAUUGCUCAAGCGUGACCCAAGCUACAGUACCGUUUUCAAGAUUAGUGAGAAGGCAUUCAGGAAGAAGUUCAUAUUCCCUCACAAGGAGGCUGCACUGCACCUGGCAGAAGACUAUGAUGCCGCUUGCAAGGGGGAUGUGCCGACUAAUUUCAGAUUCACAUAA